AUGGCCGUCGGACGCAGCGCAGCCCUCAAGCUCGACUGGACCAAGCUUGGUUCGCAGCUCGGCCUCAAGGGCCAAACCGCCGCCGCCCUCCAAGCCUUCAAGAAGCGCAACGACGAUGCGCGCCGCAAAGUAGCCCUCCUCUCGGAACAAUCGCAAACGGUCGACUUCGCCCACUACCGCGGCGUGCUCAAGAACCAGUCCGUCGUCGACGACAUCGAGAGGCAGUUCAAUGCCUUCAAGCCCCAGACCUACGACGUCGGCCGGCAAAUCAAGGCCAUUGAGGCAUUCGAGGCCCAGGCCAUCAAGAGCGCCGAGGAGACCAAGAUGGUCGUGGACAAGGAGCUGGGUGACCUGAACAAGACGCUCAAGAACAUCGAAGAUGCCAGGCCAUUCGCGGACCUCACCGUGGACGAGGUUGCCGAGGCCCAGCCCGAGAUCGACAAGCGCACCGAGCAGCUCGUUUCCAAGGGUCGCUGGGCUGUGCCUGGCUACAAGGCACGAGAAGUUUGGCGACUUGUCCGUCCUCUAAGCCUCUUCUUGUUGAAAUGGAGCCAACAUGUACCCAGUCUGGGUUGUAUUACCUACGUACUUGUGAAUAGUUCCAGAGAGUGGAAAUGCAUCCUAGAUUUUGACCAUUUUCUGUUUCCACAUUUGCAGUACGUUUUACAUGUUGCUGACAAAAUCAUGCUCUGA